ACAGACAGGAGCUGAUGUGAGUUACCGCUGGGGUAUGAGAGACACGAGUGGUCUCUCUCUCUCUCUCUCUCUCUCUCUCUCUCUCUCUCUCUCUCCCCCUGCCCCUUUCUUUCCAUCUGCCCCUCAUCCUGUCUCUCCGUGGGCUCCGCGGAUCCCCUCCGCUCCAGAGGACUCGCACCACUUUGCUGCGCUGUGGCUCUCCUGAAGCACCAUGCGACUCUCCUUGACUCUGCACCUGAGCUCCACGUCGCUGCUGCUGUUUUCCAACAUCUGCGCCGGCGCCACGCCGCUGCCCUUUAACGCGUCCUCCGAGGCCGGGGGGGAGGCGCGGCCACGGGGUUCGGCCCCCGCUCUCUUCGCCACCCGCGGCCCCGCCGGCGCGUCCACCGCCGGGGGGCUUUCGCGGGCCGUUCCCGUGGAGGAGACCCUCCUCGGCCGGGCGGCCGGCUUCCUGCGGGAGAACCUGCUCCUCAGCAUCGCCGCGCCCUCCCUUCUGGUCGCCGUGAUCGUCCUGCUGUGCUGCGCCUCCGCCGUGGGACGCAAGCGCAAAUCGAACGCCUACUACCCGUCCUCCUUCCCUGCCCAGAAGUACGUGGACGAGAGGGACAAGGCGGGCGGCGCCGGGACCUUCAGCGAGGUGCCGGAGAGGCCGGCGGACUCCCGGUGCGCCCGGCCGGUUGAUUCGGCCAAGCAGCUCCGGGCCGACAUCAGGAACGCGGCCAAGAACCUGCGGACCCCCGCCGGAAGUCCGGCGGGUGAGACGGGAGGGAAGGAGACCCGUCCGCAGCCCGCAGAGGUCAAAGGGUGGACGGAGAGGCCAGCGGCAGCAGCGAGCGAAGGAGCGGAGGGAGGGGACGUCUCUCCAGGCCAGGAGGCUGAGAUGAGCAGGGCGCCAGAGGAGCACCGCUGUCCAACCCAACCCCAGGAUGCUCUACUCGACCCCGCGGAGGACGCGACGCUCGAAGGAGACGGCUUCGGACAGGAGGCCGAGAGAGACGAAGCUCCGACGCAGGAGGCCCGGGAGGAAGCGACGACGUCGCCGCCGGGACCCGCGCAGAAGGAUGAGGCUCCUUCGGUGGAGCUGAUAACAGCGGAGACGGCAGCCUUUUGACGAGCGCCCGGAAACCGUCAAGCGUGCGGACACCUGACCGGAAACUUCUUUACGCCGCCUUAGAAGCCCUUAAAGUUGUCCAACUGCCAAAACAAAGAAUUGAUUUCAUUCCUUUUUUCAGGCGUCGCUACUUUGUUCCCGUCCUCCUUACCCAGUUUCCGUCCAAAAGGGACCACAGGUUGGACACCGUGGUAUGAAAUCAGUGACCUUUGUACUCCUGCAUCAAUCACCUGAUGGCUUCUCAUACUUUUUGACCUCCGCUGGAUGAGCGGUGCCAUUGGCGGAGACCCACGCUGUACAGGUGACAGGUAACGACAGACACCAUUUCUGUGUGGCAAAAAAUCAUUUUCCUACAUUGGCACAUCCACUUUUUACACAGAUCUGUUAUUCGUUCAGAUAUUUACACAUUUACAUUUAUUUAUUUCACACACUUUUCUCCAAAGCGCCUUCC